CCUUUCCCUCCCUAGUUUUGUCGCAAAAACGGCGAGAUUUUUCUGAAAGGCAUGGAGGACCAGGCCCGCAUGAUGUCGGGUCUCGUCGGGCUGUCCGGACUGUCUCAGGUCGACGUGGGGGACCAUGACGCCGGGAGGAAGCAGCACUCCCUCGGCCAGCCGCAGCAGGACAUCGGGGAUAUCCUCCAGCAGAUCAUGGCCAUCACGGACGAGAGUCUCGACGAGGCCCAGGCCAGGAAACAUGCGUUAAACUGCCACAGAAUGAAGCCCGCCCUCUUCAGUGUGCUGUGUGAGAUCAAAGAAAAGACAGUCCUCAGUAUCCGUGGCAUCCAGGAUGAGGAUCCACCAGAUCCUCAGAUCAUGCGAUUGGACAACAUGUUGCUGGCAGAGGGCGUGUCCGGCCCAGAGAAGGGCGGGGCCUCGGCGGCGGCGGCGGCCGUGGCGGCGGCGGCCGCAGGCGGGUCCCCUAACGACGGCAGUAUAGAACACUCAGACUACAGGGCCAAGCUGACUCAGAUCAGAGGAAUAUACCACUCUGAACUGGAGAAAUAUGAACAGGCGUGCAGUGAGUUCACCAACCACGUGAUGAACCUGCUGAGGGAGCAGAGUCGCACGCGGCCCAUCUCUCCCAAGGAGAUCGAGCGCAUGGUGGGGAUCAUCCACCGCAAGUUCAGCUCCAUCCAGAUGCAGCUCAAACAAAGCACCUGUGAAGCCGUCAUGAUCCUGCGUUCCAGAUUCCUCGACGCCAGACGGAAGAGACGUAACUUCAACAAGCAGGCUACUGAGGUGCUGAAUGAGUACUUCUACUCCCACCUGUCUAACCCCUACCCCAGUGAGGAGGCCAAGGAGGAACUGGCCAAGAAGUGUGCCAUCACCGUCUCUCAGGUGUCUAACUGGUUUGGUAACAAGAGGAUCAGGUACAAGAAGAACAUAGGGAAGUUCCAGGAGGAAGCGAACCUGUAUGCUGUGAAAACAGCUGUAGAUGCAGCCAGCGUCUCCUCACAGGCCAGCCAGGCCAACUCCCCCGCCACGCCCAACUCAGGUGGAUACCCAGCGCCGUGCUACACUCCUGACGGGAUGUUAUGAGGAGCUGCCUGGAGGAACUGUUUCCUCCCCCACUGUCUCCAUGUUGAUAGUGGAUGGCAGGACAGCACCGACCCCCCCUCCCUCACCCCCCCUCACGGGGCACCGGGCAGCGUGCACUCGGACACCUCAAACUGAGACACACACUCACCCCAAACGCCCCCCACCCCUCUACCCUUCAAAUUCCACUUCCUCCACCCUCACACAGCCACCCCUCUACCCCCCCCCACAUAUCAGUCAUACCUCAAACUGAAACAACUUCCCCCUGCUUUACCUGUACCUGAGCAUCCCCCUCCUCUCCCUCCACACCAUCCUCCCCCCUCCUCUCCCUCCCUCCCCCAUCCCUCUCCCCCUCCACUCCCGAUGCAACAUAACCCCCUAGCUCUUCCCUCCUCUCUCUUCCCCCAUCCUCCCCCCCUCCACUCCUGAUGCAAUAUAACCCCCUAGCUCUUCCCUCCUCUCUCUUU